AUGAACCAAAUAGUUCCAAUUACCCAAACUGCAUCAAAUCGUUCCCCCAUGAAACGCCUUACUCCUGCAGAGUUACAAAGUCAUCGCGAACGUGGUCUCUGCUAUUCUUGUGAUGAAAAAUACUCUCCAGGUCACAAGUGUAAGUCUCUUCCCCAACUUCUAGUGUUAUCUGAAGACUCAGAGGCGAAAGUAACUUUAUCAGAUCAAGUUGUAUCGGAUGAUGCCUUAGCCGAGGAAUUACAAUGCUUGGAGGUUCAAGAACACUCUGCUAUUUCAUAUCAUGCUCUAUCUGGAGGAAAUUCUUCCACUACUCUCCGGUUUACUGGUCAUGUUAAUGGGUCUCCGGUACAAGUGCUUGUGGACAACGCUAGUACUCAUAAUUUUAUUCAAGCGAGGAUGGUUAACUUUCUUCAGUUGAAAAUUGAGCCAACACCAAGUUUUUCAGUGGUGGUAGGAAGUGGACAACGACUACGAUGUGAGGGCGUGGCUAGAAAAAUUCCAAUAACCAUACAAGGCAGCAAUAUAGUGGAAGAUCUAUAUAUUUUAGCCCUUCAUGGUGCUGAUAUAGUACUCGGAGUUUCAUGGCUCGCAACUUUGGGACCUGUCCUAACUGAUUAUACAAAGAGGAUAUUUGAAUUCACUCUAAAUGGUGUCAAGGUCUCGUGGAAAGGGGAUGCACCUACUGAUGUGCAACCAGUGCAAUUACAUAGCUUGAGAAGAAUGGUUGUUACUAAUGCAAUUUCCUCCUACUUCCAUCUAGAAUUGAAACCUUUGGGUUUGCCUCCUCCACGAAGUCAGGAUCACAAAAUUCAUUUAGUUCUAGGCGGAGGACCAGUUAAUGUGAAGCCGUAUCGAUACCCUUAUUUUCAAAAGCAUGUUAUGGAGCAAUUAGUGGCUGAAAUGCUUAAAGAAGGGAUAAUCAGAGCUAGUAAUAGUCCAUUUUCUUCACCCGUAUUGCUGGUUCGAAAAAAAGAUGGCACCUGGCGAUUUUGUGUCGACUAUCGGGCAUUAAAUGCAAUCACAAUUCGUGAUAGAUUUCCAAUUCCUACCAUUGACGAGCUUUUUGAUGAAUUGAAUGGUGCACGUUAUUUCUCCAAGUUGGAUUUGUUGUCAGGUUAUCAUCAAAUUAGGGUUCGUCCAGAGGAUGUUCCUAAAACUACAUUCCGCACUCAUGAUGGACAUUAUGAAUUUCUCGUCAUGCCAUUUGGCCUUACUAAUGCACCCUCUACAUUUCAGGCAACUAUGAACGAGAUAUUCAGACCUUACUUGCAUCGAUAUGUCCUGGUUUUCUUUGAUGAUAUUUUGAUAUAUAGUCCUACUUGGACUGAUCACUUGGAACAUUUAGUCUCGGUUCUUCAAUUAUUGCGUCAACAUCAGUUGGUGGCUAAACAGUCUAAAUGCUUAUCUGGACAAGAAUCGGUUGAUUACCUGGGACAUAUUAUCUCGUCUCAAGGCCUAUCUGUUGACCCUGGAAAAGUGGAAUCCAUCCAGCGAUGGACACCACCUCGUACAGUGAAAGAAGUGCGCAGUUUUCUCGGCCUUGCAGGUUACUACCGACGGUUUAUCCACCAUUAUGCUUCCAUAGCAAGUUCACUCACUGAUUUGCUAAAGAAAGAGACUUUCAGAUGGACACCAGAAGCUCAAAUAGCUUUUGAAACUUUAAAGGCUAAAUUGGGUUCCACCCCUGUAUUGGCCUUGCUAGAUUUCAAUCAGGGAAAGGAAUUGGUGCUAUUCUGUCUCAAAAAGGUCACCCCAUUGCAUAUUUUAGUCAGAAAUUGA